GUCAGCAGCAGGGCUUUUCUUUUGAAACGUGACCCGGAAGUCGUGGCUCUCGUCGUGUCGCGUGUCGAGCAGCGAGCAGCGAGCAGCGAGCAGACGACCUGUCGUUCAGUCCACAGCGGAGAGGACAGGUUCGGUUUGUGGACCGGGUCCGUGAACAUGUCCAGGCUCCGGAGUCUGAAGCUGUUCGUCAGCCAGCGGCUCAGCGCGGCCGUGGACGAGAUACUGGGACAGUUCGAGAAAACAAUAACGGAGUACGAGGAGGAGCUGAACCGCCGCCACCGCAGGAUGCUGGACGUGGUUUUAACCGCUGAAGUAAAGCAGCGAGACGUCCAGCAGCUGUUGGUGAGGACAGAAGAGUGUCCCCCCGAGCAGAGGAGCCCCAGCCCGGAUCAGGAGGACCCAGAGCCCCCCCACAUCAAAGAGGAGGAGGAGGAGCUGUGGAGCAGUCAGGAGGGAGAGCAGCUUCAGGGCCUGGAGGAGGCUGAAAUCAGCAGGUCCACAUUCAGUCCUGUCCCUGUGAAGACUGAGGACGAUGAAGAGAAGCCUCAGUCCUCACAGCUCCAUCAGAGCCACACUGAGGAGACCUGUGGAGGACCUGGACCAGCCAGGACCUCAGACCCAGACAGACAUUUGCAGCCACUUAGUGAAGACAAGGCUUCAGACUCCUCUGAAGCAGAGACUGAGGUCAGUGAUGAGGAUUGUAAGGAGACGGGGGGACGUCAGCUGGGUUUAAUGUCUCUGAAUGCUAACGUCCCCGUGAGUGACGUCAAAUGUAAUCCGGCCAAAAAGUCAUUUAUCUGCUGUGAAUGUGGCAGAAAGUUUGGCCGUAAGGACAGUCUGCGGAGACACACGAGGUUCCACACCGGAGAGAAACCGUACAGCUGCUCCGUCUGUGGGAAGAGAUUUUCCCAGAGGCCAAACUUGAUCCGUCACAUGAGGUGUCACUCGGGAGAGAAGCCGUUCAGCUGCUCGUUUUGUGACACGAGCUUCGCCGUGCGCAGCGCUUUGGUGAACCACAUGAGGAUCCACACCGGGGAGAAACCGUUUAGCUGCUUAUACUGUGAGAAAAGCUUCACACAGAAGGGAGGUCUGAAGAAACACAUGACCGUCCACACAGGAGAGAAACCCUACAGUUGCCCUGUGUGUGAUAAAAGUUUUUCUCAGAAGGCGAAUCUGACUUAUCACUUCUCCGUUCACACGGGACAGAAACAGUUCAGCUGCAGCGUCUGUGACAAAAGAUUCACGUGGCAGUCGCAGGUCAAAAGCCACAAGUGUGUUGGUGAGAGCAGCUGCAGCACUUCUGUGCAGGUGGAGGUUCCUCUUGUUAGCUGGAGACAGACUGAGGGGACACCGCGGGUUACAGAGACCGUGAGUCUGUGUGCUUGUCGCCGUCAUCGUGUGAACAUGUCUAAGGUCCAGAUGCUGAGAGCGCUGGUGGAGCAGCGGCUUACGGCGGCCGCAGAGGACAUAUUCGUUCUGUUUGAAAGAACCAUCGCGGAGUACGAGCGGGAAAACGAGCGACAGCGGAAACUGCUGGACGCUGUUUUCAGCCCCCAGAUCCGGUUACACAGAACAGACGUCCAGCAGUUGUUGGUGAGGACAGAGGAGUGUCCCCCCGAGCAGAGGAGCCCCAGCCCGGACCAGGAGGACCCAGAGCCCCCCCACAUCAAAGAGGAGGAGGAGGAGGAGCUGUGGAGCAGUCAGGAGGGAGAGCAGCUUCAGGGCCUGGAGGAGGCUGAAAUCAGCAGGUCCACAUUCAGUCCUGUCCCUGUGAAGACUGAGGACAAUGAAGACAAGCCUCAGUCCUCACAGCUCCAUCAGAGCCACGCUGAGGAGACCUGUGGAGGACCUGGACCAGCCAGGACCUCAGACCCAGACACUGAUGUAAAGACCUCAGAGCCUCUGACGUCAGCUGACCCGUCUCUGAGUGAUGUGGGGUCUGACACUGAUGAGAAACCGUUCAGCUGCUCUCAGUGUGGUAGAAGAUUUCGCCAGAGGAGACUUUUGCAGAUCCACGAGAUUCACACGGGAGAGAAACCGUUCAGCUGCUCGUUCUGUCAGAAACAUUUCACUCGCAGUGACCACGUCGUGAGACACAUGAGAAUCCACACGAGGGAAACCCUGCAGCUGUUCCCUGUGUGGAAAAAGCUUCACUCAUAAACCUGAAGCAGGACACGUCUGUCCACACGGAGGAGAAACCGCGCAGCUGCAGCGUCUGUGGCGGAGGAUUCAGCCGACAGUCGCAGGUGAAGAGUCGAACCGAUGAGACGCUGAGCUGCAAAGCGCUGAAGCAUCAGGUGACCGGACGGUAGCACGUGUCUCGUCUCCUAUUGGCUGACGUGAUGUUAGCGAUGCUGCUCGUUGAGCUUCAUUAAGGUUCAGUGAAUGGACUCAGACUCUGGGUCCACUGCUGUUACAUUUAACAUGGAGCCAGUUUGACUGGACAUGCAAACGUCUGUUUGUUUGUUUGUUUGUUUGUUUGUUUGUUUGUUUGUUUGUUUGUUUGUUUGUUUGUUUGUUUGUUUGUGGUGGUGGGGGGGGGGGCGGGGGUGAGUGACAAAACCAAACGUUGAUUAAACUGUGAUGAAACUAACACAAGCACGUUCCAACUUUACUCAGAUUCACAUUCACAGAACUUUUUUUGUCCCCGGGGACGGUUUAACAGAAGAGUUGUUUAUUAAACUCAGUGACUGAUUAUUGCUGAGACCAAAGCUGAGACGCUUCGUCCGUCUCGUGUUGACCUGAUGGAAUGGACCUACACCCUCGGGACAGCUGCUGUUUCUCCAACUGACAUUUCAGAAUAAAACAAGCUGUGAAAUUAUUCAGCAAAAUAAA